AUGGAUCAUGUGAAACUUCUAGCUAAUGCCGAUAUGGCGUGUAUUGGAUUAAAAAUUCUUCUACUGUUUUCUUCUUUCUAUUGGCAAGCAAACAAGUUAGCUUCCUCGCGCAGGAAAUACUUUGAGAAGGACGACCAUGAAGAAGAAAGAGAUGUAAGCGAGGGAAUUACAGAGAAAGAAGCUGUAGAAGGAGAAGAAGGCAUCGAUGAUGAAACGAAUGACGUAACAGAGAGACUCCAGUGCAUGGUCCUACACAAGAAAGAUCCAUCAAAACGAGGUAAUUUCCCAGAAAUUCCAGAAACUUUUCGUUCUCUGUCUUUCUGUGAAGAAUUUUCUUGGGAAAAUUAUGGUCUGUGGAGGCAAGAGCUGAAGAACAGAGCUGCGAGGCUGGAGAAACAGCUCAAGGCAAGAUGGGCUUUGGAGGACCUCAUCGAAGAACAAUUGGACCGAUACCACGCCCACUACUACCGGUCCAUGGUCCCGGCCCGGCCCAAGGACGUGGCCCAACUCCUCAUGCCCAAAUGGGCUCCGCCCCAGGAGCUCGCCUCCCUGGCCUGGUUUGGUGACUGGCGGCCGUCUGCCAUUCUGGACCUUCUCCGCGCUCUGGCCCGCUCCUCUUCAUCCCUCUCGAGCUCGGGCGGAGCAGGAGCCGAGCGCCUCCUCUCGCAGCUGAGACACGAGGUGGGCAUCGAGGAGAAGGUACUGGACGAGGCAAUGGCGGAGAUCCAAGCCACCUGUGUCCUCCACCUCCCAUUCGGCCCAAAGGGCCGGAACCGCCCCUCGGGCAACCCAGCAUUGGGGUGGGUGCAGUCUGAGUUCAAGAAGAUCGAGCGGGUCGUGGCCAAGGCCCAGAAACUUAGGUUCAAGGCACUGGAAACGGUGGUGAACAAGGUGUUGAGCCAGACCGAGGCGGCGGAGUUCUUGGUGGCGUUUGCGGGAAUCCAAGACAUGAUUCACCAGUUCGCGCUGAACCAGAGGCUUCGAAAAGGUCCGGUUUCGGUGCGGAUGAAGGCCAUCGGAUCUUGCUGAAACCGACAUGCCCAAAGAGAGAGGAGAUGGAUGAAUCAACCAAGGUAGUUUUUACGAAUUCCACCAUGUUAGCAAUUUCCUUACUCACGGAGUUGCAGGAUGAUGUAUGCAUGGCUGUUGUUUUGUCCAAAUUUCGAAAUUGUAUGAUGCGAUGAUCGGAAACUAUUUUUUUGUGAGAAAACAUUUUGUUUGGGAGAAUAAUUUCAUUUAGAUUUAUAUGGGUUUGAUCAAAGAUGUAAUAUAUUUUUUUUUCAAAAUAAUUUUAUAUUACAUCUUAACCAAAUUCAAUACAAUUCUAAAUCUAUAAGCAUAUUUAUUUCGA